AUGCAUGCGACAUACUUAGUGAUCGGACUAAUAAUUGGAGGACUCUGUUCCGGAAUCAUCUUAACAACGAUGAUCACUUUAGUCGUUCGAGAUAAACAAAUCAAAGCAAUGAAAGAGUCAGAAACUACUUUAGUCAGUACGAUUGGUACUACUACAACGGCUGUGUUAAAAGUACCGAUUUAUUGGACAUUCGAUAACAAUUUACAAGAUUUGUAUAAUAAUUUCAAUGGAAUUGGUAACAACGGACCAACAUAUAAAUCUUCAACCUACAAUAGAAUUGGUACAUGUCUUCAAUUCAAUCAAUCGUCGGUAACUGUUAAUAAUCCACCAUUGUUUAAUCUGGCGAAUAUAUCAUUUACAUUUGAAAUGUGGCUGUACGGAGAUUCAUUCUAUUACAAUAGUUCAUAUACGGAUAAUUAUAUUCUUGAUCAAUUUGAUCAGAACGUUACCGAUCAUUUUUUUCAUUUAAUCAUUCGAAAUCAACGUGUUCAAUUCGGUUUUGGUAAUGAUGAUCUCACCUCAAGCAAAACUUUGAUUGCAAAUCGAUGGUAUCAUUUAGCUGUUGUCUAUGAUUACUCAACACGUUCACAAAUGAUUUAUAUCAAUGGAUAUUUGGAUGUAUCACGGAGUGGCGCUGGACCAUAUUUAGGGUCUUCUGGGGAUUUCACUAUUGGUACAGGAGUUAUCAAUAGCCCAAAUAAUUAUUUCAGUGGUUGUCUAGAUUCUAUUCAAUAUUAUCCGUGGAUAAGAAAUACAAGUACAAUAUUAUCUGAUGCAACUCGUGUUGCUCAUCUCACAUUUGAUAGUGGUACUCUUCUCGACAGUGGACCAUUAUCAAUCAAUGGAACAGGACUCAACUAUACCUACACGUCGAUGGGACGAGUAAAUCAAGCCAUUUCAUUUCCAGUUCUAUCAUCUUAUAUCCAAAUAACUGGACUAACCCGUUUAGGAACGAAUGCAUGGUCUUACACAGUUUCGAUUUGGAUUUAUCCAACAAAUUCUUCUGGAGGGACAAUUAUGCAUUUGAGUAGUCGGGUGGAUGGUGCACAAACCAAUGCAUGGUGUUUACCAAUUAUGGGCUUGUCUUCGUCAGGACAAAUAGCAAUCAACAGUUGGAAUGCAACUAAUGUACCAAUCACGGGUUCCAUUGUUCCUCUCUUCUCAUGGACUCAUGUCGCGGCAACUUAUUCAUUGAAUAAUGGAGAACGAUUAUAUGUUAAUGGUAGUCAGUAUGGAUCGAGUUCAGCUCCAUUUUCUUUUCAAGCCGGUAGCAUUCCAAUGACAUUAACCAUUGGAAGUUCAUUACUUGGGCUAGGUGUUUGUAACACAGCUCGUAUGUGUGUUCCUUCCAGUCGCCAACUUAUCGACUCUGCCCUGGUCACUCAGCAGAGGACGCGGACCUUGUUCACCCGGGCGCCGUCCGAGCCGACGGCGGUAUCUGCACCCCUUCCGUCCAACACUCCUCCUUUAUCCGGACUUGUGACCGGCAUAGAGUCCACAAUUAGUGGUCUCCAUGGUGGAGUUACAUUUGCCUUUACGUUUGACGAAUGA